GCUGAAUGGUUUGGCGUGUAUUUAAGCCUGUCGUUGUGUCAUGUGGUUCAGUCAUUGUUUUCCAGUUUCUUGAACUUUCUGACGGUUAAAUUUCUAAAAGAACUGCUGAAGAUUGGUAUACUAACCAUAUUUCCUUCAAACAAUGGGCCAGCUACACAAGUUAGACAACAGGAUACAGAUUAUGCUUAAAAAUGGCAUUAUGCAGCGACAUAGGUCAAUGUUUGUUAUGGUCGGAAACAAGGGACAGGAUCAAGUCCCAAUCAUGCAUCAGAUAUUGAAUUCCUUGUCAAAUAAAGGUAGACUUAGUCUAUUAUGGUGCUACAAAAAAGAGCUAAGCUUCAGCACUCAUCGCAAGAAAAACCUGAAACUAUUGAAUAAGAGGCGGAAAGCAGGUUUGACGUCAGACGCCACAAUUUUCGAGCAGUUCGUUUGCUCGACGGAUAUACGUUGGUGCUAUUACGACGAGUCUCAAAAGAUCCUUGGACAAACUUUCGAUAUGUGUGUGUUGCAAGAUUUUGAGGCCCUUACGCCAAACAUUCUUGCCCGUACCAUUGAAACUGUAUCCGGUGGAGGAUUAGUAAUUCUUCUAUUGAAAACAAUGGACUCAUUAAACCAGUUGUGUACAAUGGUUAUGGAUGUUCAUUCUCGUUACCGUACGGAAUCCCAACAUAAUGUCGUUGGUCGUUUUAACGAGAGGUUUCUGUUAUCGUUAGCCAGCAACUCCCGAUGCCUUGUGUUAGAUGAUCGCUGGAAUGUUCUUCCGUUAUCACGAAAAGUACUAAAUUCCCUUGAACCUCUGCCGGCUGAAACAAAUGAAUCCGCCUCAACGGAACAGAAGGAGCUACAAAAGCUUAAGAUCUCCUUAGCUGAAGAUGGAUCGCCAUUUGCUCCUUUAAUCAAGUUGUGUAUCACAUUUGAUCAAGCCAAAAGUCUUGUCCAAUUUUGUGCCUCCCUAGCUUCAAAUCCACAGUCAGAAAAUAAGAGCGGAACUAAAAGUCUUCCAAACUGCUUACCUUCGAAUGUAGCACAUUCCCUUCUUGAAUCGAUAGGUGCUACAAAUAAAGAUGUUGGCUCUUCAUCAGCUCUUGUUGUUGUAACCUCUGGAAGAGGUCGUGGAAAAUCAGCUGCUCUGGGACUGGGAUUAGCUGCGGCUUUCGAAACUGGUUUACCCAACUUGUACGUUACAGCACCCAGUCCAGAAAAUUUAAGCACACUCAUGCAGUUUGUCGUAAAUGGCCUAAAUGCCUUUCAAUACGAAGAGCAUCAGGAUUAUACUGUUAGUCGCUCGAUGAAUCCUGAACACAAUCAAGCUGUAGUUAGAAUUGACGUUUACAGACAAAAUCACAGACAGUCACUUAUUUAUUUACCCCCAUGGGAGUUAGCUGCUCUUUCCAGCAUAAGACAAGCUGAUCUUGUAUGUAUAGAUGAGGCCGCUGCUAUUCCUUUGCCUAUCGUUCAGUCACUUAUCAGUGGUCCAAGAUUUGUUUUCAUGGCAUCAACUGUAAAUGGUUACGAAGGCACUGGUCGCUCUUUGUCGUUUAAACUACUCCGUCAACUGCGGUGUCAGUGCACUUUAUCAGGAACUACAGCCCAGUUGUCAGCAAGCCAUGAAGGUUCUCAGUCUUUGGAGAAGCAACAAAAGUUACUGGGAAGAGGUUUCCGGUCAGUGGAUACCUCGCGGGUUUUGUAUGAAGUAAGUCUUUCAGAAGCUAUCCGAUACGCCAACGGAGAUCCGAUUGAAACCUGGUUAUUUGAUCUGUUGUGUUUGGAUUGUGGUGAAUCGCUAACUUGUGAUCAACGAACUAAUGCAGCUGAUAUUUAUCUUCCUCCUGUCGAUCAGUGUCAAUUGUACUACGUCAACAGGGAUACUUUGUUCGCUUAUCAUAAAUCAACAGAAAUAUUUUUACAUCGACUUAUGGCUCUAUAUGUCUCUUCACAUUAUAAGAAUUCUCCCAACGACCUUCAACUUCUUUCUGAUGCACCGGCGCACCAUAUUUUUUGUCUUCUGGCUCCUUAUGAUCCUAAAUCUGGUUGUGUACCUGAAAUUCUCUGCGUACUUCAAGUUUCUUUAGAAGGAAAAAUAAACAAGGAUCGAGUAAUGCAUAGUCUCUCUCGUGGUUUACGUCCAUCCGGUGAUUUAAUCCCUUGGACAUUAAGUCAACAGUUUUGUGAUGCCAACUUUGGUGAAUUAUCUGGUGCUCGUAUAGUGCGAAUUGCUACUCAUCCCGAUUAUCAAGGUCUUGGUUAUGGAACUAGAGCUUUAAAACUACUUUAUGAAUAUUAUAGUAACCAGAUGGACUUGAAGGUUUCAGAGAAGGAGUUAAUUAACCGUUAUGAUGAGCAAAUGGACUGUAAUAAUUCGGGAGGAACAACCAAUAGUCUUUCUCGUAACCCCGCAAAAUUGAAGUCUGCAUCUUCUGCUUUUCAUUGUGAUGCUAAGAGAACUAACAACACCGACCAGGAUGAUUCUGAAAGCAGUUUUGAAUCAAAUGAUAUCAGUCUUUGUGAAAAGAAUGACUCAAAGCUCCUCACGGAAGUGAUAAAACGACGUGAGCCUACUAGUCUCCCACCCCUCCUUAGUCGCUUGAAUGAACGUCCGUGCGAAAAGCUUGAUUAUGUUGGUGUUUCAUUUGGUGCUACUCCUAGUUUGUUAAGGUUUUGGAAACGAUCAGGUUAUGUGCCGGUGUACCUUCGUCAAAGUGUGAAUGAGUUGACGGGGGAAUUCACAUGCAUAAUGUUGAAACCGAUAAGGAAUCAACCUAUUUCGUAUAGAUCACCUGAAUGGUUCCAGAAUUAUUUUGAUGAUUUUACCAAACGUUUAAUUUACUUGUUCCCUGGACCAUUCCGAAAUUUGGAUGGGACGUAUGGUCUGGAACUUCUUAGUCAUAAGAUACUAGAGACUAGUUUAUCCCAAGAGCUUACUCAGGCAGAAAUAAAAAAUUUAUUCAGCGCAGUGGAUUUGGAAAGAUUACGACGUUACAGUAGAUCGCUUAUAGACUUUCACCUUGUUAACGACUUAUUGCCGCUUUUAGCUCAAGUUUACUUUCAAAGACGUUUACCUAACGUGCGACUGAAUAAGACUCAACAGGUUAUUCUCUUAGGUAUGGGCUUACAACACAAAACAGUCGAACGAUUAUCCAGUGAAUUCGAUCGUUUACUCGGUGAUUCAGCUUGUCCUCAAAUCCGAGUUUCUGGGCUUGCACGAUCAGAUGAUGCUGUGUACUCGGUUUUGAAUUCACUAGAGGAGAAAGGUGAUUCAUCUGCUUGUAAAGUCAAUAGCGAUUCUUUUGCUAACAAAAAGAAAGGUCCGGAUACUGGAAUUCAUACGGGUUGGGCUAAACGUAUUCUUGGUCUCCUUUUUGUUAUUGUUCGUGAGCUUACCAAGUCAUUAGAUGCUAUACUCGAAUCAAAGAGUAGUAGUGCUGUGGAAUCAAGAAAAAAUGCUGUUAAUGGACGUGUACAACCAGUUGUUGAAGUUGAUUUAAAAGAUGGAAACUAUACUGCACUUAGAAUGGAUGAAGAUGCAUUCUCAGCUUCUGAUACAGAAAAUUCUGAUAAAUGUGAGGAUUCACAAUCACGUAUUCUUAGCAAUGAUGAAGACAGUGAGAAUGAUUCAGUGGAUGAAGAAAAAAAUCCAACUUCUCAUAAUUUAGGAGUACAGUCUGAAAUCAGCGACUCUGAACGAGAACGUCGAUCCACCUUGGUACGCCAGCUUAUAUCUGAAGAACUUGUUGGUCAAAGUAGUUCUCUCGGACCCCUCUCUGCUUAUAAAAUUCGUGGUUCUGAAACCGAUUGGGCUGAAGCUGUGGUUGGGCAUGGAUCCGAUCUUUCUUCCCUUACCGUUAAACUACCGGAUAACCAAAAAGUUACCAAUAAAAUGUAAGUGUAAUAAAUUGUCACUCAAUGCAAAAUCAUAACUAAAAUUGUCCUAAGUGAUGUUUUGGCUGUUUGUACGAUUCUUCUACUUCAUCUUAAAUUUGGCCUCAAGACAUGGGGAUUCUUUGAGAAUCCAUCCACUGUUAUUUACGAUUUUUCACAAGAAUCACCACGUUUCUCUCUCUAAAUUCUAAUAACUGUUUAAACAGCAUUUUAAACUUUUGUUGGUAACGCGUAAAUUAUGGUGUAAUUCACACUCCACUUCCAAAUGGUUUUUUAGUGUCAAGUAACAAAUUUGUCGCGGCUUGUAUUUACUUAUUUUAAAACCAUCUGUAUUUGUUAGAAAUAAUUUUUCUAUCUUCCUGUUUCAACUUACAUUUUAAUCUCGUGUUAAGUUUGCGCACAUAAGAAUAACAAUUUUGUUUGUAGUAGGACGUUUUCAACCCCUAGCUGUAUACGUGUUUCACUCUGAAUUUCGUCCAUAUGUUUCUCAUAGACUGAGGCGCUGUUAGACUCCUAAAGUGAUCCUACCUUUGUUGCCAUCAAUUUUUAGUAUACUCAUCGUUAACAGGCCACUACGGAGAGGUCUGAGCUUUGUUGUCAAAUGCGUUUUUAUCUUACACUUCUAAUUUCCGGUCAUUACACAUACCGCUUCAUUAAUAUGGCAACAGAUCUGCCCAAGCGUGUACAACUAAAUGCUGGUUCAUGAGUAGCGAUGCCUUGUUUUUUCCUUCAAAAUAUUCACAUUGCCAUCCAAAUAAUCAGUCUAUUCUGUUUGAAUAUAGGUAGCAUUCAUUUCUGCUCUAUUAUAAUCUCUUGUUUUUGUG